GGGCCUAUAGCCGUGUUGUUGCUUGUUCCUGAUUCCAACUUAGGAGAAUUACUGAGUGACGAUAAUGGGAAUGCCCAGACGAUCACUCUUGAAGUUGAGUCGUCGGAUACAAUUGAUCAAGUUAAGCAGAAGAUCAGGAAUCUUCCGGAUCAGCAACGUUUGAUUUUUGCUGGGAAACAAUUAGAGGACAGUUACAAUAUUGCUGAAAAUUUUAUUUUAGACUUCCGUAAAGCGAAGGCGUGA